AUGCGCUGGCCCAUUUUCUGGAUCUUCUGGGCCCUAUGUGCCUCGCAGGCCAUCCCUAUUGGCUUUUCUCUGCUGGAGCUUUCGCAUCUAGCAGGCGAUCCCGUGGCCACGCACAAGGUGGUUUUGCACAUUUCAAAAGACAAGGCCGAUGUGGGUCUGUUGGUGUUGGCCCUUUUUGGACAGACAGCGCCGAAAACAGUGGAAAACUUUGUUGGUUUGGCAUCCAUGGCCCCCGGCUAUGGCUACCACGGCACGAUCUUCCAUCGUGUUAUCAAGGACUUCAUCAUACAGGGCGGCGACUUUGAACGUGGCGAUGGCACGGGCGGCUAUCUGAUUUUCGACAAGAAGCUGUUUGCUGACGAGAACUUCGACCUUCAUCACGACAAGCGCGGCCGUUUGUCGAUGGCCAACGCCGGCAAAGAUACGAAUGGUGCCCAGUUUUUCAUCACCACCUCUGAAUCCAGUACGCAUCUCAAUGGCCAUCAUGUGGUGUUUGGCCAGUUGGUAGGGGGUUUCGAAGUGUUGGAUCUUUUGAAUACCGCCCCUACGGGCGAAAACGACCGGCCUGUUUCUCGCUGGGCUAUCGAAGACGCAGACAUCUUUGUUGAGCCUCCAGCAGAAACCGGCUCGCUAGGAUCAUAUCGUUUCUUCAUGGGGCUCUGUCUUGUGUCCAGUGUUUGCUAUGCUGCGGUGCAGUGGAAUCAUAGACGCAAAAAGGUGGUGAUUACGGGGUUUCGCUCGAUGUGA